AUGGCAAUAAUGGUAGCUAAUGUCUAUGGAAGUUGUUUACAAGUUAAAAUACUUUCAGUUCAUUCAGUGUUUGAUAAAACACAAGAUGUAGUAGUCGAAAUGCAAUAUAAUAAUACUAGUAAUGACACAAUAUCGAUUUAUAAAUGGUGUUUACCAAACAAUGAAUUAAACGAUCCAUUAUUCAAAGUAACUUGUAGUAAUGUUCCAGUUAAUUAUGUUGGUCCACUUAUCAAACGACGUGAACCAACCAUUGAAGAUAUGAUUUCUCUAGAAGCUGGCAAAACAAAAAUUAUUCAAGCUCGGUUAUCAUCAGCAUACGAUAUGACUAAGACUGGUAUUUAUUCAAUUCAAUAUGAUAUGUCAGCUGAACGUAUUGUCUUUAAACAUGCUCGAACAUUCGAAAGUACUCUUGUCAGAGACAUUAGUAAGAGCCAAUCUGGUCUCCAGUCAAAUAUUAUAGAAUUAACAAUCGAAGGUCGUCCGAAUCGUCAACGUGAACAAAUCGUUAUUGAUACCUAUGAUUAUGCAUAUGGUCAGAUGGCAUCCACAAGUUUGGCAUUGAGUACUCCGUCAAAAGCAAUUAUGAAUGCUGAUAGUCAUGAAUAUUUUGCCGAAAAUUUACCUGUGCUCUUGUGA